AUGGCACCUCACCAAUCCCACGCUGGGAGGCAACACCAGCUUGCAUCUCUCACAAGCCUUCUCGGCCAGUCCUCCCAGCCACUCCCACCUUCACUCCUACUACAAGACGCAUGCAGCCCAAACACCGCCGCACGACUCGUCUCGGACCUUCUCACCAACUUCGCCCAUUCCCCUUCCCAAUCCAAAACACCGCUACUAUGGUGUAGCGUCUCGCCUCUCACCUCGAUCAACCCUACAACACUCUUCCGCACCAUCCUCACUUCGCUCGAAUCACAAAUCUCCACCAUUCCAACCGACCAAACAGUAGCCAGCGGAUCCAAAGUCAAUCACCGCCGUCCUGAACCUUCGUUAGACUACUUUCUCUGGCGUAUUGGCACCCUUAUCGAUGCUCAGUCGAAGUGUAGAGUGGUGCUGGUGAUCAAGGAUGCGGAAAGGAUUCGAGAUUUGUGGCCUGAACAUGUCUGGACUGCUUUUUGUCGACUUCCCUCUCUUAUAGGGAAGGCGGGGAGGUUAAGUACAGUUUUCAUCUCCACUCUGGCUUGGUCUCAGUAUAGGACGCCGAGUGGAUUGACUGUAGCGCAUGCACCGAUCACUGUUCGCUUUCCGCGUCUCACUCGAACAGACAUUCUCUCGAUUCUCGCGCAGGAUUUUCCCUUACUCUGGCAAUCCUACGGCUCGUCUGUACAGUCGGCGCAAAUGCACGCCAAAACGUCUCCUGCACUGUGCAAACGUUCCACCCUUCUCAAACUGCGCAAGGCGAACUCAGGAGCGCAGGUCACCGAACAGACACUUCGAGGGCUGUACGAACAAUUCGUCGGCGUGUUUUACGACUCUGUGCGGUCCAACGUCCGCGACAUUGAAGAGUUGAGGACGAUGAGUGCUGCUGUUUGGCACAGCUUUGUCGUUCCCGUCCAAACAAGGGAAUGUAUGACGAACGACGUUCAAACGUUACUUCUCUCCUCCUCGCACCUGUUCAAAGACGUUAUCGUUCGACUGCAGACCCGAGAAAUGGGUCCAAGAGAAUGGACGCAAGAAUCACGCAUAAAAAGUAUUCAAGCUAGCUCUGCACGUCUUUCGGCCUCUUCAACACCCUCCAACCCAUCCCUCGAUCCAGCGUUGGAAAUGGAAGGAGUAGAAAUGAUAGACGAAGAACGCAAGCUGGACGAAGAAGAAUGGCUCGAACGCGAGACAGCUUCCCUUGAACGUAUGCGUUCAGCUUCCUCUCAAGCGACAAUCUCCCUUCUACCCUCUUUGGCGCUCAUUCCGACUUUCUUGGUCAUUGCGAGUUUCCUCGCGUCUUACAAUCCAAGCCGGUUAGAUGUAAGGUAUUUCUUGAGGGACGAUUCGCUGCUGAGUCUAAGUUCCGGAAGUGGGAAAGGAAAGUUACUGAAGGGCGGGAGGAAGUUAGGUCCUGGUAGAGGUCGAAAUGCUGCUAGUGGUCGAAGGGGUAGAUCAUCAAAAAGCGCGCCGAGGGCGACAAAUGAAGAUGGUCAAACCGAAAAUCUCAAUCGACAACAGCUUUUGGGACCUAAACCUUUUCCUAUCGACCGCCUUCUUUCCAUAUUUCAAGCGCUGAUCACAGAGGCUGCGCCAGAGAUGUCCAUGGUCUAUAGCUCUCUUAACCCGGACAACGAUCUUUCGUCCAGCAGUGGUGGUGGCGGAGAGAAGGAAAAAGAGAAUGACAGAUCAACUCUGUGGGAAUACAGAAGUAAAAGCUUGUCCGUGUAUUCGCAGAUCAACGGACUGGUGGCGAGGAGGAUGCUAGUGAGGACGAGUGCACAGGACAAGUUGGGUACAAGCAUCAACUUCAGGACGAAUGUCAGUUAUAGCGUCGUAGCAGUUCUGGCGAAACGGGUCAAGUUUGAAUUGGAUGAAUGGCUCUGGGAUUGGGGUGCUGGUGGAGUCAACAGCAUGUGA